GAGAAAAUCUGUGCAAAAUAUUUUUUUUACCUUCUGUGCGUGUGCUGCUGCUGCUCCUCACGGGUAGUGUCUGAAACCAUUGCAUUCGAACGGUGAGGAAAAUUGUUAAUUUCAUCCGAUUAUUCCUUGCGAAUAUGUGCUAGAAGAGUAGUGCACAGUUAGAAUCGACAUUUCCACCCAAUGGAACUGUAAUCGACGAUCGGAGGAGAAUUGACCGCUCCGAGCUGGUGGAAUUCGUCUGCUCCUCCCGAACGAGAGGAUCAAGACGAAGAAGGGUUCCCCUGAACGAGGCUGACGUUAGUUGUGAAUGAUUACUGCUGUUGGUGGAACGAGAAGUUGUCUGAUUUUCGGGGAGACUGAAGAAUGUCCUCGGAUCAAUGAAGAUUAUCUUCGUUCUCCGAACAUGGCUGUGAUAGGAAUCUGCACUAGACCAUAAGUAUAACUAAGCCGAGGAGUAACGUAUCGAGUCAACUUUUAGUUAGUAAGACAGGAGCUAAAUUUGAUAAAGGUAAACAUACCGGAAUCGUCCUUGUUUGGUGGCCGUAGAAUGCAAACUACCCAGGAGUUGAAACCGGCAGAAAAGGUGCCUAGCUGCACUAAACCUUUCCAAUGUACCGAGUGUGAUAAACAGUUCCGACAGCUAAGCACAUUAACGAAUCACAUGAAGAUUCACACAGGUGAUAAACCCUAUAAGUGCACAAUAUGUUCCAAGGAAUUUCGUCAGACCACGACACUUUCCAAUCACAUAAAAAUCCACACAGGAGAAAAGCCAUUCAACUGCACAUAUUGUGGCAAACAAUUUCGACAGUUGAGUACACUUUCUAAUCACUUUAAAAUUCAUACAGGAGAAAAGCCGUACGAGUGCUCUGUGUGCGGCAAACAGUUUCGGCAAUCCAGCACACUAAACAGCCACGUGAGAAUCCACUCGGAUGAGAAGUAUUCUGUGAAGCCGUUCAAGUGCAGCAUGUGCCCCAAGGAGUUCCGACAGACUACGACCCUCUCAAACCACCUGAAAAUUCACACAGGUGAGAAACCCUACACUUGUACAUAUUGCAGCAAAAGUUUUAGACAGACAGGGACACUAUCGAAUCAUCUAAAAAUACACACUGGGGAAAAACCCUACGAGUGCUCAGUGUGCCGAAAACAGUUUCGUCAAUCGAGCACGCUAAACUCUCACAUACGAAUCCACACGGAGGACAAAAUAUGUAAAACGUCCCCUUCGCCUCUGCCCUCGACAUUGACCACAAUCACGAUGAAGCUGGAGGACAUCAAGCCACUGUACACGAUCAUAUAAGUAUGUGUGUAUUGUAUCAAUCGACCCGUUUCCGUUAACAUUGGAUCCAAUCGUGUGUCCUAAGGUAACGAAAAGACGGACCCAAUUACUGUUAAGUUUUGAACCUAUCUCGCACCGCGCCGAUGCUGCGUCUCGAGUUGACUUCUGAUUCGGAUCGAUUCUAGCGGAUGAGGGGAGUUAUGCUCAGCCGUAGGAUUUUGGUUGAAAAUGAGGUUAUUUUGAUUUAUAAACUAUUCAGUAGUAAUUAUACUGAUUUGUAUUUUGAAUCCUGCACGGCGCUACGCAUCGGCUUUCACAGGUACUAGAGAUAUUUCGUUUUCUUUUGAAGUGGCAAGUGCGUUAACAGUUAAUUAACUUUCACGGAAAUUUUUUACAUAGUAAUUGUCAUUUGUCCCUGUCCCACAGUACAACGUUUCAAAUGUCGUGACAGUUUACUUCAGUUGUUUUUUCUACUGGCUUUCUGCCAUAUGAAGCAAAUUGAAUGAUAUUCCUAUUCAAUUUAAUAAUGAAUGAAAAUGAACGUCAAAAUCUGUCCGAUUUCAGCCCGCUAUAAUUCAAAUCAAUAAGUCGAAUCACAAUCAAAUCAAAUUGAAUCAUUACUAUCUUCAUCUGGCCGGGAGCAAUAUAUCCAAUGGAGCGCUCAAUUACCGAGCAAAAGAAGGACCUAGCGCUUGGAGACUUCGGAACAUGAUGACAGUUUCGGUAGCAGCAAUUACUGUGAGACGCGAACCAUUUUCGCAAAUUGGGAAAAAAUAUCGGGUCCGACCAAGGUGACCACCCAUAACGAACACAUUUUGUCUGACUUGCGUCGGUCCUUGGACUAUCCCAAAAAUAAUGUCAUAAUUUUAUUACUGUUGUUCCCAGCUUCGAAGCAUCCGAACGAAAAGUCCACCGUCUUUUGAACGCUACAAUCAAGAUAGGUUAUGAACGCAUGUGGGUUCCCACACGACCAUUCGCAAUGAGCCAUAAACGAACAUGUGUUCAUGUUAUUAUUGUUCAAUAAAAUAAAUGUUUUUGUUUUGUUUAUGUUAACUACAUUCUUGCAAUGACAUUUUAGUGUUGUAAAAAGUGCGAAACGGUACACACUUCACGCUUCAGUUCAUAGUCAUUCAACACAGAUCGCUAGAAAAGUUCAUAUUUAUUUUGAAAAACAUGUUGUUUUUAACAAAUGUAAUAAUAUUAUUACGAAAUGGCCAUCCCCAAUCCCAAAUUGACAGUUCAUUUGACUAGCGAAAGAUUGAUAAAACGACGAGAACGAAAUCAGUGUGCGUGUGUUAGCGGCGAAUCCAUCAUCUCGUCUUAUGAUCCAAAACAAAUCAGAUCGCGGUUGAUCGCCGCCGAUCGCUGAUUCCGCGAAAUGGAACAGAAGUCAGCGCGAGAAGAAUGAGAGAAAAAGCAUUAGCGGAGACGCACCUCCCCUUUCAGGGCCAUAAUUACAUCAUUAUUCCGGUAGGAAGCGCGGGGAAGCAAAUUAUUGUAUUGUAUAUAAUUAUAUAUGAUAACAAUUAAAUAAUGAAACUUUGAUUAAAAAUAAUCUGAUUGAAUUUGGAGAAGUAAGGCAAUAAACGAAAAAAAAAACGUCGGCAGCCACACGCGCGCGGCCAUUGGGCAAUUGGGGUAAAUGCGAUACAAGGAAUGACGGCGGGUAAUAAAGUAAUUAAAGAUUGGGCCGUGUAAUCGCUGCCAUCCGUAGGGUAGCGUUUCGAGAUUCGAUUAAAAGAAGCUUCGAAGUGAAACUAAUGAGUUGAUGAGCAACUGGGAAGAAAACUUGAAGCAACAACAACAGCAUCUACACUAUCAACACAAAACAACUGUACUAAUUUAUUAACCACCAAUCAAUGUUUGCAAUCAUGAAACGGAUAAUCGGAAAGGUAGCGAAAGAGAAGGGAGAAAAAAAGAGUGGGAAAUUGAAGCACACAUCAUUUUGAGCCACACAGGAACUACAGGUAUAGAGAAGACUAAGCGUAAUCGAUAUUAUGAGGGUAAUUAAGAAGAAAUCAAAAAGAGGGCGUUUAUGCACCGGUCGAGGGGAGAGCCUAAAGUUUUAUGAAAACUUCUGAAAUACAGGAAUAAUGACUCCAAAAAGGGCAGAGUACGGAGCGUAAAAAGCUGAGGUUUAUAAAUGCAUGCGAGCGAAAUUGCUAUAUAUAUAUAUUAUGCUAGAACGAAAAAAUAUAUUAUGUGAAUAUUGAAUGUUUUUACAGAAAAGAA